AUAUUUAAUAGACAGAUAGCUUGCUCUAGUACCCAAUAUUUGCUAGAUUAAACCAUUUCUUCUUCCUCUCUCUCUCUCUCCCCCCUGAAGAAAGUUAUGGUCGGUUCUUAGCUUCUCAUGGAAACAAGUAAUCUUGUUCAAUCUAGGGUUUUCCUUUCUGGAUUUUAUUGCUGGGGCUGGGAGUUCUUGACUGCUCUCCUUCUCUUCAGUACCAAUUAACUGCCCACCGAGAAAAGCCGGUCGAUCAUUUCUUCCAAUAACCUUGUUUUACGACACAAAAGCAUUGUCUUCUUUCAUUUUUCGAGCAAUAUAUCGAUCACCAUGUCUCAGAGGUCAGUCCCAGCCCCUUUCUUGACGAAGACAUACCAGCUGGUGGACGACUCAAGCACGGACGAUGUGAUCUCCUGGAACGAGAACGGAGACACGUUCGUGGUGUGGAAGAACGCCGAGUUUGCCAAGGAUUUGCUGCCAAAGUAUUUCAAGCACAAUAACUUCUCAAGCUUCGUUAGGCAGCUCAAUACCUAUGGGUUUAGGAAAACAGUUCCCGACAAAUGGGAAUUUGCCAAUGACAACUUCAAGCGUGCUCACAAGGACCUCCUCUGCAAGAUCCGCCGACGAAAGGCCGCCACCCUGCCGCCGCUGCCCGCCGCCACACCAGCCCAAAAGACCGCCACUGGGGUCUCCCCCUCUCCAUCUAACUCCACUGGCGAUGACCCAGGCUCGACCUCGUCCAAGAACUCUACGGCGUCCUCAGUGGACGAUCACCGUCAGACAGCCGCGGCAGCCUCCCAGCUAGCUGUUUUGGCGGAUGAGAACAAGCGGCUGAAGAGACACAACGAGAUGCUCAGCUCUGAGCUGACGGAAACGAAGAAGCGGUGUGAUGAGGUGGUCUCGUUCUUGACCGAGUGCCUGAAGGUGGGGCCCGAUCAGAUCGAUCAGAUAAUGAGGCAAGGAAGCUGCGGGUCCACGCGUGAUGCAACAACGAUCAAAUGUGCAGCUGAGGGAGGGAGCUGCGAGUACGGAGAAGGUGAUUCGAGCAGGCUGAAGCUGUUCGGGAUUUGGUUAAAUGAUGAGGGAAAGAACGCAAGGAAGAGAGUCAGGGAGGAGAAAGCCAUUGGGUUCGCGGAGCACCACGCGAACAAAAAUAAGGCUCUGGGCGUUCGUGCCUAAGCUAAACCUGCAUAAACCUAGUCGCGGCAUCCUGAGAGCUGAUAUGUCGGUCGUUAGAUGUCAUUGGACGCACAGGCGUACUUGAGAGGUAGAUAAUGAGUCGUCGGUGUUCAAUAGGCUAGCUAGGUCUAGACUCUAGCAGCAUAUUUAUGAAGCGUAAGCUUUGUUUUACAGAACUUGUUAAAUGAUUAGGACCUGUGUUGUGUUUGAUUUCAUGUGUAUUAAUUGGUCAAUUAGAUGUAUCAGAACUGAAGAUUUUACAGUUACUAUAUGUUAUUGAAAUGUGUCCUCCGUUUACAUGGGAAAUGUUUUACU